AGGCAGGGCGCAGGGGUGAAUCUCCCGCAACAUUAUACUAAACUUCCACUUGUGCUACUUUUAGAAAAACUAACACAUUCUUCAACGAGAAUGUACAAUACAAUAAAAGUGACUUUUGAGUAUAAAUAUCAGAUGAGUGCACUUUCUUGGGUAUCAAAUAAUAAGUCUUAGAAAACACUCAAAAAAUUCUCACUUUCCUCCAAAAUUUUUGUCGACAAAAAUGGCAGAAACCAUAACUAGCACUAGCAGCCAUGAAAACAAGAAAAACCCAGAUGUGCAUGACUCUUGUUACAACCCAGAAACAGGAAUUUACAGCAGUAAAAACCCCAAAAUUCAACUCCCAGAAAACCCAUUUCUUGAUGUUGUUACCCACAUCUUUUCUUACACCAACAAUGGCACCUCUGUUCUCAUUGAUUCUUCAUCUGGGUAUUCAAUCCCUUUUUCUCACCUCUUUUCUCUUGUUAAAUCCAUAUCUUUUGGCCUUCAUGAAAUGGGUUUUUCUCAGGGUGAUGUAGCUUUGAUUCUGCUGCCCAAUUCUAUAUAUUUGCCAUUAAUUUUUCUGGGUGUUCUUUAUUUGGGUGGCAUUGUUACACCAAUGAAUCCUCUGUCUUCUUUCUCUGAGGUAAAAAAACAAACACUUGGUUGUCAUGCAACUAUGGCUUUUACUAUUGGUGAAAAUGUAGAAAAGUUGUCAUCUUUAGGCCUUAAUAUCAUUCAAGUGCCUGAAAAUGUCAUUGGUGAAGAAACCCAGAAAUACCCAGACUUUUCUAGGCUCAUUUUUGGUAAAAAAGUUAGGAGUUAUUCAUUUCCAAGGCCUAAAAUUAACCAAGAUGAUACUGCAGCAAUAAUGUAUUCUUCUGGUACUAGUGGUGCUAGUAAAGGUGUUAUGCUUACUCACAGGAAUUUCAUUGCAAUGGUGGAGUUAUUUGUAAGAUUUGAAGCUUCACAAUACAAAGAAAUGAUGAGCCACAAAAAUGUUUACUUGGCUGUUUUGCCAAUGUUUCAUAUAUAUGGACUUGCACUUUUUGGGUUUGGUCUGCUUUCCUUGGGUACUAGUGUGGUUGUGAUGAAAAAAUAUGACAUAAAUGAGGUUGUGAAAGUGAUUGAGAAGUAUAAGGUUACUCAUUUUCCUGUUGUUCCACCACUUUUGGCAGCAUUGACAACAAAAGCAAAGAGCCUAGAUAGUGUUGGAAAUGUCAGUGGAUUGUGCAGUUUGAAGCAGGUUUCUUGUGGUGCUGCCCCAAUUACCUCUAAAGUUAUUGCAGAUUUUUUGGAGAUCGUUCCUAGUGUUGACUUCAUUCAGGGGUAUGGCUUGACUGAGUCAGCAGCAGUAGGAACCCGUGGGUUCAAUGUUGUAGGCCACAAUCCCAAGUAUACUUCAGUAGGUCUCUUGGCUCCAAAUACAGAAGCAAAAGUGGUAAAUUGUAGUACUGGUUCAUGCAUGCCGCCUGGAAAGGCUGGAGAACUCUUGCUGCGUGGACCUGGUGUUAUGAAAGGAUAUCACAAUAGUCAAGAGGCGACAAGGCUAACAAUUGAAGAGGAUGGCUGGCUGCAUACUGGGGACAUAGCAUAUUUUGACCAUGAUGGUUAUCUUUACAUAAUUGACCGGUUGAAGGAUAUCAUCAAGUAUAAAGGUUUCCAAAUUGCCCCUGCUGAUUUAGAAGCUCUGCUGAUAUCCCAUCCUGAAAUACUUGAUGUUGCCGUAAUUGGUUCUGCUGAUGAAGAAGCUGGGGAGGUACCAGUGGCGUUUGUCGUCAGGAGGCCAGGAAGCUUGCUGUCUAGAGAUGAAAUUAUCAAAUAUGUCGCAGACACGGUAGCUCCACACAAGAAAGUGAGAGAAGUGGUGUUUAUGAAGUCAAUACCAAAAUCAGCUACAGGGAAGAUGCUCAGGAAACAAUUGGCAAACUUACUACCUUCCAAACUUUGAUGUUACUUGGAUUUUUGUUUCUUUCUUUUUUAAGCGGGUAUUUAAUUGGCUUUCUUUGUUAUCACAGUUAUUAUAGUUAAGUAUAUGAAGCAUACCCCUGUCAAAAAAAAAAAAACUAUACGGAGUAAUACCUUAAUACCUUAUAGAUUGAAAGAAAAUGCAUAUGAUUUUUUGAACUACGCUGAUAACUUUAUAAGA